AUGCUUUUCUCAACAAUCUUUUCUCUGCUUGCUGCCAGCACUGUGCUGGCGCAAACACCUCCAGGUUUCUUUCCAAACACCACCACAAAUCUUGUUGUCAAGUAUGGAUCGAAGACACUUACUCCUGGACAGAGUCUGGGAAAAGCAGACACUGGCAAAGCACCAAUUCUGGGGACAACUGACGGUCCUCUCAACGGCACUUAUAUCUUUGUGAUGAUUGACAUCGAUUUGUGGGUAGAACUCAAAUUUGCAUAUCAGCCGACUAACUCUUUUAGACCGCCACAAGGCUCCAACAAGAACCGAGGUGUUGUCCUUCACGGACUACUUACUGGAUACAAAUCUGCUACAACCUUAAAGGAUGGAAUUUAUCAACUUACCACAACAGCCACCGGCCCAUCUUCCUAUUUCGCUCCAGCACCACCAGCCGAGAAACCUGCGUGGCCCCAUCACUACAUCGAAUUGCUUUAUGCUCAACCAGAUAACUUCAAGGUCCCCGCCUCGCAGACUGCCACCAUCAACAGCAGAUUAAACUUCAAUAUCACAGCAUUUGCCACUGAGGCAAAGCUUGGUCCAUUGCUUCGAGCCAAUUAUUUCUUGCAGGUUAAUGGUGCGUAG